GCAGCAAAGUGUCGUUGGGAAAAAGACAGCAAACGGAGCGCAGAAAGGAUUUCAUGUUGUUAGAGUUGCAUAAUAACCUUAGGAAAAAACAGAACAAAUUGAAAACCAGCGAAGCCUUUAUCUGAUGACUGUGUAGUGCAGAGUACGACGGGGAUAUCUAAAAUAGCCGCUGUAAUACUGCAAAAUUAGCGUGCACAAAUCGGGCAAAAAUAACUGGAUUCGAAAAUAAAUGUGCGCAGCUGAGCAAGAAAGUGACGUUAGUCGAGUGUACCCAGAAUGAGUUUUAAUUAUACAGCAACUCCAAGGAAUUCGCCAAUCACAUGAAUAAAAGAAGAGGCCAGUCUAGAUUGUUAUAGCUCAUUCGCACGCGAGAGCCGCCGCUGCACAGAAAGCCCAUCCUUCUUCCUCGCCUUUACAUUUCAUGCACCACAUUUGAUUACCCAUUCUGUCCAGGUACGGCGGAAACCGACCCACCAACGUAAGAUCCCACUGCUGGUAUUUCCGUGGGUACGAGGGUGUGCGUUUUCUUCGUACCGGAUUAUCGGAUUGGUUCGUUUCGAGCGACAUUAGCGCCCAGUGUUGCUGCGACUGCGGUUCCUUCAAAGACUUUCCCCCUCGGUCGCAACGGAUCUAUCGGGAUCAAUAUCGGGAUUACCAGCGAGACAUACGCAUCUUUACAUCUCCUCUGUCCGUCGGAUACAUUUUAAAGGGUGAAGCAUCAAGAUGUGCAUAAUGCUCUGUGGGACGAUGCAUUGAGACGGGCUGCUUGCAAGCGCCCAGCGGACAUCACCUGUGCCUGCAUUGAGAAGACCGUCUGCUGUUUGCUCACCAUAUCGGAAACAUUACACGCGAUUAUAUCUCGGCGUCAGGAGCACUGCAGAAGCAUCGCGUAAAGAAGAGCACAAUGGCUACUCUUCUGCGAAAGAUUGGUCUGAUUCGUCUGCACGACAGAGACACGGAGGACCCGAAGCAUCACCAAGGAUCGCUGAAAGGGACUAAGCAGGGAAAUCAGAAAAACAACACGAAGCAUUGUAACACGAGCAACGAGACGAAUAUCCUCAGUACCCCGGAGAUUAAGGCCAAAAAGUUGGAUGUCUCCGGCAAAGAUAAACCAUCAGUUAAGGACAAGCCAAGCAAGGACACGAAAGAGAAACAGCAAACGGGCAGCUCCAAGUCAACCAGCUCCUCACUGCCACCACUGGCACCGAACAGGCAGCACUGUACCCAGGUGCGGACGCGGAGACUGAUGAAGGAGUUACAGGAGAUCCGCCGGCUGGGUGACAACUUCAUCACGGUAGAGCUGGCGGACGAUAACCUCUACGACUGGAACGUCAAGCUGCACCAGGUGGACAAGGACUCUGCGCUGUGGCAGGACAUGAAAGAAACGAACACCGAGUACAUACUGCUGAACGUGUCCUUCCCCGACAAUUUCCCUUUCUCGCCGCCCUUCAUGCGAGUGCUCACGCCGAGGCUGGAGAACGGCUACGUCCUGGACGGAGGUGCGAUCUGCAUGGAGCUGCUGACUCCUCGCGGCUGGUCUAGCGCCUACACGGUCGAGGCCGUGAUGAGACAGUUCGCAGCGAGUCUCGUGAAAGGACAGGGCCGGAUCUGCAGGAAAGCUGGAAAGUCUAAGAAAGCCUUCAGUCGUAAGGAAGCUGAAGCGACCUUCAAGAGCCUUGUGAAGACCCACGAGAAGUAUGGCUGGGUGUCCCCUCCUGUUUCGGACGGCUAACGAGCCCUCCGCCACACCUGCAUCUCCCUCUACCCUAUGUGGCUUUCUUGAGUUGGGUUUUCUUUUUUUUCCACCUCCCGCAUCACCAAACUUUUAUUGAAAAAAAAAUACACAAUACAAAAUCCACCCUACAAUUGUCAGUGACUCAUUGUAGUCCCAUAGACCUCUGCCUAGUCAUCUCUCAUUCCUCACUUAGGUGCCAUGGCCCAGUCAUGCAUUGUGAUAUCGCAUUAAUUGAUGACAAGGAUACAACUAUGCUACAGAGGCUUGUCUUUUGAUAAAGAACUAUGAAAUAAAUGUGUCCCUGACGAAAGUAACGGCACCCAACCCCAGGGCAGGACAUGGCCCAACCCUUACACCUAUGCUAUACCUCUUGAUUGCUCUAUACCUCUUAAGGUUCAUUAGAGUAUUCACUUGUUUCCUUUACUCUUCUACUUCUCUUUAUUUUUUCCAUUUUCUUUUGAGCUGACAACACAUUUGCACUGAACAGCAUCAAACUUUUCCAUCAUUGACAUGCACAUGACUGUGUUAAUAUAUAAUAGAUGGACCAGAUCAGUACAGUACAUAUGAGGUCCUUUUUUUCUUCAGCUGUGUUAUUUUUCACAGUCCAAUGCAACAUGAAGAUUGUAAUUUAUGUGGAGCUGUGCCUCCCCCACUCCCCCCCCCCCUCUCUCGCUCGCUCUUGAUCUCUCUCUCUCUCUCUCUCUCUCUCUCUCUCUCUCUCUCUGCGUGGCUAAAUUUAGACAUCACUGUGUUAUGUAGAUGGUGAUUGAUCUCUAAUGGAGAAAAAAACACUUUGUUGCUUAUGCAGAGGUACUGUAAAGAUUUUAAAAGAGUGGUAGUGAGCCAUUCUUGCUAGUCAUUUUCAUUUGUUUUUUGGAGAAGACCAAAAGCCUGUAAUUCUGAUGAUCUUCAUACCAGAUGGCAGAACUGAAUGUCAAAGUCCCAACUGUGUGUGCGUGGGUAGGCGUAUGCGUGUGUGCCUGUAAUUCAUACUGACUGCACAGCGUCAGUAGCAUGUCAUGGUAUGCGCUGUCCACAAAGCUUUUUAGGAAUGUGCAUGAAUAUUAAUUACGGAAUCGCUCCCCUCUGAGCAGUGAGCAACAGUAGGAACCAUUUACAAUAAAAGGUUGCACAAAAACAGUGUUUUCAGUGGGCAAACCUGAACGUGCUGGCCUGCUGCUUAUCUUUACAGUGUGACAGAGUUUUGAUCCUGAUUCUUUGUCCAUUUAUUUUGCUUCCCCGUCGUCUAUGAUUCCUUAGCUUGCCAGAUGAUAACUCAGAGGGGAGGCAGUGAAAUGGCCAACGUUUUGGAGAGAGAUCUUGCACAGGGAGGCAAAAAUGCGAAAUUGUCCCAGCCUCAGAGCCACCUUUGCUGACUAACUGAACCACAUUAAAACGCUUCAUCUCCUUUGACUCCUUUAUGACUCCCUGCCAUCGCCAGCCUUGUACACGUGUGCUGUGGCUGCGGCUGAUAAGAGGCAAAUUAGGAUGAACUGAAGGGGGCAACCAGGGGAGUUUUUUCCAUACGGCAGCCGAGUGUAAUAAGAGCCUCCCGUUCUGUGAUCCAACUGAUACUGCUAGCACGUUCCAGCGUGACACUUCGGCAUUUGUCGCCUGCCUCUCAAAAUGUCAAGGAUAGACCUGAAUGGCAAGAGGCGCGGUGCGUCUGUAGCAAGUACCUCAGCCUGAGUUUGUGUUGGAAAACUUCACUGGCAUACAUAUGCGAUUAAAGUGACUGGCCCAAAACACAGCAGACAUGACAUCAUGUUAUGUAUUAUAGUGUGACAAUUUUUCUCCAGCAAAUGUGUAAGGAACAAGUGCUUUCUUGUGGUUCUUCACACAGUCUCUGGUGCAUCGUUCACUUCUGGUUACGUGACUUCAGUCACAUCCUGAUUAUACCCUCUGGUGUUUCAGGGGACUUUAAAUGUCAUAAAGAAAGCUACUAAUUAACGUGGCAUUUGGAGGAAAAAAAAUAGAAAACAGAUUAAUAAACGCUAAAGCCUCCGAGUUUGUGAUGAUGCAAUUUUAGCUGGGGACAUACCUUCCCACUGCAUGACUCAGAAAAUGGUGCAGCCGGAACAUGUCAUGAGUGCGAGACACAGUUUCAGGCUUUUUUCCCCACAAGCUCACAGUACAAAGCUAAAAAUAUAAAGACACAAAAUGUAAUGAUUGAGACUAGGGGAGUACAAAGAUGGAGAAAAAAUCAUGCUGUGUCUGGGGCAAGUGAGAGGAAAUGUCACCUGUGUUGAAUAUAGGACUACUUUCCUGGGGCACAUCACUUUAACUACUGUAUGUUUUCACUUUUUUGUUAUACAGAGCAAGAAAUAUGGAUUCACAAGUGUUUACAACUGCUGGUUUGCCCUUCUCCUUAUAAAGAAAUUUCAGGUGACAGUUGCUGAUGUUUUUAUUUAAUGCUGUCUAACUUAAUGCUGUCUUAUUUAUCACAGCAGCUACUGAAACAGCAUUAUUAACCACUGUUAAGUAUUGUGAUGCAAAUCAGUAGUUUAUUUUAGCCUUUUCCAUCUGGUAAACGAGGGUAUCUCAUCACAGAUGAAACGCUCUUGGUCUUCUCCAGUCUCUGUUUGGACAGUCAUUUGAAAAGUGGUUGUAUGUGUAUUCCUAUGGACUUAGCAAGACGAGAUACUAUAACGAUGACUAAUUAUAACUAUAACUAGUCAAAGAUAUCUCAAACCUGGAUGUUUGCAGGCUUUAAGAGCUUAAUUUUGUGAUAUAGUUUAGAUUGGUAGAUUGCAGACACUAACUGAGUUAAUUGUCCAAACAAGUGAGAUGAUUCUAUUGUAUUAUAUCUGCAUGUGGUCUGUGAUUGUUCGGUAUCUUUUUAAAAAUUAUUUUAUUCUUGGGGGUUUUUUUUAAGAAAAGAAAGAAAAAUAUGGUGGAAGAUAAGAUCAGAAAUUGCUUCUUUGUGUUUUUAUGUUUUUGUUCUUUCCUUAAUGUCUUAAAUGUCAGAUUGUGUUAUAUGAACGUUUGUUUUAAUUUAUUUGUGGUUUGCCAAAAUGAAGAUUUUGAAGCAUGUUGCAGGUAUUGUUACUGAUAUAAAAAAAAAAUAAUAAUAAUUAAAAAAGGAAAAAAAAAGAAAAAAGAACGAGAAAAGGAGAAAAAAAUAAUUAUCCUGAAUAUAAUGUACCUGAAAUGAAUGGGGCUCUGGGGUAUGCAGUGUAGUCAGACUCCAGGGCGAGAAGGAGGAUAAACCGCGAAAUGAAGUGUAUUUUCCGGACUGCACAAGCAACAUCACAGGACAUGAUGGAAGCGAAACCAAACUGGAAUGUGCAAUAAACGUUGUAGGCUUAUUCAACCCUGCA